AUGCUAGAGACAUUUGGCAGGUCUAUUCACGACAACACCUUGGAGUGUGACACUGAUAUUCACCCAUGGGAGAUUUCCAUCGAUGGAGAGCAAUGGGCCGGCAAAAUCCGACUGAUCGGGUUCGUGGACGUAUUCUUUCUGAUUUCCUACUCUGCCAAUGCGCGAUUUGAGCAUGGAAUCAUUGUCUACAAGGACAAACUGGACAUUGAAGAACUGAAGGAGUAUAUGCCCAAGAAAGCGGGCCAACCCGAGCCAAGCCCUAACACACAGGAGCCAUCGGGAAAACUGGGCCAAAAUGAAGAAAAUCUCACUGACCUGGAGAAUGACUCUCAACCUCCAAACGAAGAAGCAAAUACCGCCAACGGCCAAGGCAGCCAACCAGAGGAAAAGGCUCCAGACUCCAACACAACAGAUGACCCCGCAGUGGCUGAAUUUCGCAAAACGAGCGUUUUUUCAGUGCGCAGUAUAGGCCACUCGGUCGGAUUGCAGGUGUCUUAUCCCAAAUCCUCGAUUCGCUAUUACAAGGUGGAAAUCACCAAGCCCUGCAGCUGGGCGCAGAGCAAACGCAUUAUGCGAGGAUUAAAGCCGCACAGUAUUUAUGACUUGAUGAGCGAUGUGAUCCGCUGUGGCAUCAUCACACAGGGGCAGCUGGUGGGCCAUGUCUUGGGAGUUCUUCUCGCCGGGUCCCGCAUGGACGAUAUGGCAAAGCGAUAUAUUGAGGGUUUGACUUCCGGCAGUGACGCUGGGCGGCAGGCAUUGUCGAAUGAAAAGAUCUAG